AUGAAACCUCUGGAUGACUCUCAAAGAGAUGAAACCGACUUCAUCGUCACGGACUUAGUGCCCCAGUUGCCAAUAAGUAUGUCUUUGUUUAACCAUAUUUCAGACCAACAAGGACAGCUCGACAACUCACUCGUCGUCGUCGACGGCCAAGGUGCUCAUGGCGAGGAUGUCGUCGCCGACUGCAUGGACACCGAUGCUGGCGACAUGACGGUCGAGACCGAUGGACCUGUGUGUGAAACCAGCGUUGCACAAAUCCCAGGCUCCGGAAGCCCCGCCCCAGACCAGGACGCCGCUGCUUCUGGCCACCAGCCUUGGGAUGUUAUAGAUCUGGCCACUGACGAUGGCAAUUCUGACGAUGGCAAUUCUGACGAUGGCAAUUCUGAUGAUGAUGCAAAUCAAUCGCGGGACAGCGGCACGCGUGCCACCCUUGAGCUGCUUUAUCAAGGAAGACUGGCUGGAGCAAUUUGUUGGUAUCCUUGCACAGCAUGA